AUGAUGGGCAACGUUACGCUAGUCAUAAGCGAGUUCCUUGUCGGAAUAUAUCUUUUCCUCCGGAUUUAUGCCUUAUACGAAAAAUCACGUCGCAUACUGAUUAUGGGGGUUAUCGCAUCCAUAAUUUCAAUAACAAUUCUUGCGGUGAUUCUUGCUGGUAAACACCAAAAGGGUGGCUUAACAGGCGGUGGAUGUGAUACUGGAAGUGCCCCUUCAACAUUUUUUCUGACCUAUUUCACGGUAAUAGAAACAGCCAUUGCGUGGGGAUUUGUGAUUCUGAAUGAAUCCGUUAUCUUUGGAUUAAUUCUGUACAAAAUUGCGGAGAAUAGAAGACCCAGCUCUUUGCCUACAAUUAGGUCGUUUGGAAGCCAGCUCUCUUUACAAGAAUUGAUUGAUUUCAUGGUUGUGCGGUCCUUCAUAUCACUCAUUCUAAUGUUUAGAGUUGUCAUUUUCGUCAAUGUGGCCAACAUGGCAAGUUACUUUUAUCGCUACAGUAAUGAUAACUCGUCUGAUGCUCAACCUACACCAACUGGCGGAAUCUGGAAUCAUGUCAAGUCCCUCCCAAAUUUCAACUCUACAUUGUGA